CUAAGGUCAACUGUGUUUGAAGUCAGCUAUUCUGCUAUUCGAUCUGUUACAUGCAAACAAUUGUAUAAGAAGUAGGAAACCAAGAGCUACCAGAAAUGAAGUAGUGAUUGAAAUUGUCUGUGAUCAUGGCUUCCUCUAGAGCUCGAGAAGCCUCGUCUUCCAAUUCUUCUCCAUCUCGAAAUUGUUAUCAUGUGUUCUUGAGUUUCAGUGGCGAAGACACUCGAAAGACUUUUACUGACAAUCUCUACACGGCUUUUGUUGACAAAGGCUUUCCCACAUUCCGAGAUGAAGAAGAACUUGAGAGAGGAGAAGAUAUUAAGCCAAAAUUUGAAACAGCCAUCCAACAGUCACGGAGUUCUGUCAUCGUAUUUUCAAAAAACUACGCGUUUUCCAGAUGGUGCCUUGACGAGCUUGUCAUGAUACUUGAACGCAAGAGGAUCUCAGACCAUGUAGUUUUACCAAUCUUCUACGAUGUUGAUCCUUCAGAUGUGAGGAAGCAGACAGGAAGCGUGGAAGAAGCAUUUGCCAAACACGAAAAAAAUGGUCAACCAUCCAACAAGAUGAACCAAUGGAAGAAAGCACUUGCAGAAGUUGCAGAUCUAGCAGGGAUGGUGCGAGCAAAUCAAGCUGAUGGGUACGAGUCAAAGUUUAUCAAGAAAAUUGUUAAAGUGAUUGACGAUAAACUAAGCCGCAUACGCACACCAUUUACUGGUGCAUCCUACCUGAUUGGAAUUGAUUCACGAGUUCAAAAUAUUAAUUCAUGGUUAAAUGAUGGAUCAACCGAUGUCGGCAUAGUUUUAGUUAACGGGAUUGGGGGAAUUGGAAAGACAACCAUUGCAAAAUUUGUUUAUAAUUUAAACCAUAGAAGAUUUGAAGGAAGCUGUUUCCUUGAAGAUGUCAGGGAAACUUCAAAGAAACCGAAUGGUUUAGUGCAACUGCAAAGUAAAUUUCUUCGUGAUAUUUUGAGUGGAAGAAAAGUGAAAGUACAUAGUGUUAGCGAAGGAAUAAACAAGAUUAGAGAUGCCAUAAUCUGUAAAAGAGUUCUCCUUGUUCUCGAUGAUGUGGAUGAUAUGGACCAAAUUAGAGCAAUAUUUGGGAGACGAGAUUGGUUUUUUCCAGGAAGUAAAAUAAUCAUAACAACCAGGUAUGCACAAUUGCUAAGGGAACGUGAAUUAUCCAUCUACAACAUUUAUAACGUUCACAGUCUGAAUGUCGAUGAAUCACUGGAACUCUUUAAUUUGCAUGCUUUUGGACAGGAUCAACCAAGAGAAGGUUACAUGAAACUUUCGAAAAGGAUAGCAGACCGAAGUGGAGGACUUCCAUUAGCUCUUCAGACUUUGGGUUCUUCUCUAUAUGGUCGAGAUAUGGAUGUAUGGGAGAGUACACUGGACAAAUUAGUAGAUAUUCCACAGAAUGAAGUCUUUAAAAAGCUCAGAAUAAGUUACGAUGCUUUACAAGAUAACCACGACCAAAAUUUGUUCCUACAUAUUGCAUGUUUCUUUGUCGGAAAGGAAAAGGAUUAUAUUGUUAGAAUACUAGAUGGAUGUGAUUUCUUCACAAUUGUUGGCAUUGAAAAUCUUGUGGAUAGAUGUUUGGUAACAAUUGGUGAAGAUAAAGUGGUGAAGAUGCAUCAAAUGAUCUGUUCAAUGGGCAGAGAAAUUGUUCGCCUAGAAUCAAAGGAUCCUGAGAAACGAAGUCGAUUAUGGAGGGAUAAGGAUUCUUUUGAUGUACUGAAAUCAAAAAAUGGUACAGAUUCCAUUGAAGGUCUUAAGUUGAACAUGCAUGUGCUCUCGGCAAGCACUCUUUCAGGAAAUUCAAAUGAGAUAGUCUUGCACACUAAUGCAUUUGCAAGGAUGAACAAACUAAGACUACUCCAGCUUAGUCAUGUACAGUUCAAGGGAUCGUAUAAAGAACUCCCGAAAGAGUUAAGAUGGUUGAGUUGGCUUGGAUUUCCUUUGAAAUCUAUUGCCAGUGAUUUUCCUUUGGAGUUCUUGGUUUAUCUUGAAAUGCAUCAGAGUAACUUGACGCAUGUCUUCAACCGGAAAACAGACUUGAGACAAGUCUUGAAAGGAAGAAAGCACCUUCCCUCAUUGAAGACCCUUGACCUAAGUCAUUCCCAUAGCCUAACUGAAAUCGGUAACUUCUCGUUGGUUCCAAAUUUGGAAAGACUUAUUCUUGAAGAUUGUCUGAGCUUGGUUGAUAUCCAUGAUUCGAUUGGAAAGCUAAAUAGACUGGUUUACUUGAAUUUGAAAGAUUGCAUAAAGAUUAUGAAGCUUCCAAGGAAUGUUUUUGCACUGCAAUUACUUGAUACACUUAUUGUUUCUGGUUGCUUAAAUCUGGAUGCAUUUCCAGCGGAGUUGAAGAUGAUGGAAUCUCUAAAAGUGCUAGAUGUGGCUGAUAUUUCAAUAACAACCACUGGGGAGGUCAAAUCACGCCUAAGGAGAAAUCCAGAAACUUUUUGGGCAUCUUUACCGCGUUGUUUAGCACAUUUAAAGCUCACAAGUUGCAAUCUAUCUGAUGAUUCUUUUCCCAAAGAUUUUAGUAACCUACCCUUUUUGGCGUUACUUGACCUAAGCAACAAUCUAAUUUCUGGUCUACCAGAUUGCGUCCGAGGUCUUACAGGUCUUGAUCAACUCAUCUUUUCCAAUUGCAAGAUGCUCAAAGAACUUGCAGAGCUACCAAGAGUAACAUACUUGGGUGUGUUUGAUUGCACAUUACUUGAGAAAGUAACAUUUCAAUCGAGUUCCUGCAUACCGUUUGAAUUCCUAUGCUUUUAUAACCCUAACCUAGUUGAAAUUGAAUACACGUACAAGUUUGAACCCAUUGAAAGAUUUGAUAUGGAACUCAUCCACCUUUUGGGUUUGUAUAACUUGGAUCCCACGGCAACCAUCCAAAUGAUCUUCCCAUGUAGGAGUGCGCGUCUGCCUAGGAUUUUGAAGCUGGAGGAUUGGAUAAGGGUGUAUCCCAUUCAGGGACUGUAUGAAUAUGGGAUAUUUAGCACGUUUCUUCCUGGGAAUGUGGUGCCAGGCCAGUUCAGCCAUAGAAGUAGAGGCUCUUCAAUAUCUUUUACCGUGCCUUCUACUUCUAAUCAAAGGGUUCGUGGCUUGAACAUCUUCUCUGUUUAUACACGUUUUGAUGGUGGUUUUCGUCCUGGUUAUCAUUGUGAUAUAAUUAGUCCAAUAAUCACUAAAGUUAGCAACAAAAGCACUGGUGUGAAGUUUAUCUAUGACCCAUCAUGCUUCGGCGAUCCAGGUCAUUCGGAAGAAGACAUGAUAUUCUUAAGCCAUUGGGAUUUGGAGAAUCAAUUGAAAGGUGGUGAUGAAUUGAAAGUUUCCAUAUUUAUGAGAGCAUGGUUUGAAUUAAAGGAGUGUGGUAUCCAGCUUGUGUAUGAGAAAGAAAAGAAGAUGAUUACCCAACAAGACACGACAACUCCUUCUUUUGCAUCUGCCAGUUUUGAGCGUUUGGAAUACGAGUUGAUGCCAAGAACAUACUUUCUCUCUCAUGGACCAGUAACAAGGAGAAUAUUGAGGUUUAGGAUGUGGAGGAAUUCGGUUUUGUUCAAUGACAUAUUUAUGGAUUCUGAUCAAGAAGCAGACAGAGAAGUACUGCAACAAGGCGAGCUGAGGCUUGCAACAACACAGCGGCAUCCCCCGCACCUGAAACACGUCAUAUUUGAAAAUAGAUAUGUACAUAAUCACUUGUUUGGCUCGGUGAGAUCAUGGUCAAUAAGCCCUCUAUGAAAUGUCUGUGUAGUUGGUUCAGUUAUCUUUGAAUUCUGUUUCAAAGUAUAUCUGAGAUGAGAGAUAUGCUUUACUCUUUAUGCUGUACAGAACAGUUUCAUAUUUUUGUCUAUUUCUGUUACAAAUUUC